AUGGCGGACGGCGACAGCGGUAGCGAGCGCGGCGGCGGCGGCGGUGGUAGCAGCGGCGGACCCGGCGGCUUCCAGCCCGCGCCCCGCGGCGGCGGCGGCGAGCAGGAGACGCAGGAGCUGGCCUCGAAGCGGCUGGACAUCCAAAACAAGCGCUUCUACCUGGACGUAAAGCAGAACGCCAAGGGCCGCUUCCUCAAGAUCGCCGAGGUGGGCGCGGGCGGCUCCAAGAGCCGCCUCACGCUGUCCAUGGCGGUCGCCGCCGAGUUCCGCGACUCGCUGGGCGACUUCAUCGAGCACUACGCGCAGCUGGGCCCCAGCAGCCCCGAGCAGCUGGCGGCGGGCGCCGAGGAGGGCGGCGGGCCGCGGCGCGCGCUCAAGAGCGAGUUCCUGGUGCGCGAGAACCGCAAGUACUACCUGGACCUCAAGGAGAACCAGCGCGGCCGCUUCCUGCGCAUCCGCCAGACCGUGAACCGAGGCGGUGGCGGCUUCGGCGCGGGGCCCGGGCCCGGCGGCCUGCAGAGCGGCCAGACCAUCGCGCUGCCGGCGCAGGGCCUCAUCGAGUUCCGCGACGCGCUGGCCAAACUCAUCGACGACUACGGCGCCGAGGACGACGAGCUGGCGGGCGGCCCGGGGGGCGUCGGCGGGCCUGGGGGCGGCCUGUACGGGGAGCUCCCCGAGGGCACCUCCAUCACGGUGGACUCCAAGCGCUUCUUCUUCGACGUGGGCUGCAACAAGUACGGCGUGUUCCUGCGGGUGAGCGAGGUGAAACCGUCCUACCGCAACGCCAUCACCGUGCCCUUCAAGGCCUGGGGCAAGUUUGGAGGCGCCUUCUGCCGGUAUGCGGAUGAGAUGAAGGAGAUCCAGGAGCGACAGAGGGAUAAGCUUUACGAGCGCCGCGCUGGGGGCAGCGGCGGCGGCGACGAGUCCGAGGGCGAGGAGGUGGAUGAGGAUUGAAGCACGCGGCCUCCCCCGCCCCGCCACUGUCCCCUUGGCUAGAGUUCUCUUUCUGGCUCAACCGCAGUGAGCUCCUGGAGAAAGUGCAAGGGAGGGGCCGCCGAGAAAGAAAACAAAAAAAUAAUAAGAGAACAGUCGCGGACAAUACAAGAAAGUCAGUAAAGUUCCAAGGAACUGACAGCAACCUGCAAAGAGGACAACAGCGUCUCCUCAACCUACAGAAGUCUCAGCUUGUUUCCCAACCUGGGUUCCUAAACCUAUCAGGCGGACCCUGGAGGGGAUAGAUCUUCAAACGUCAGGGCCCCGAAACAUCUUGAGUUUUCCCAGACCCCACCCAUUGAUAAAAGUUGAAUUUGUGUUGUACCUGGGUAAUCUCAAGAUCUCACCAGGCCUCAUCACUGUUGCAGCGUCUUCAUCUCCAUUGAAAUCAGCAUUUUGGAUUUGGAUCUUCGUGCAGUCUUUGAGAAGAAAGAGGCCUUUGCAGAUACCCAGUUUUGAGGUUACAGGUUUAUGGAAAAGAAUGAAACUUUUACACAAUCACGGACAGGGCAAAAGAAAAAUUCAAGAAGCCAUUGGAAAAUUCAGAAAAAAAAUUUGAAUCCAUUUUUUAAAAAUUGGUUUUAUGUGAAACCUGAACCAAAGCCCAUGUCUUUUCUUUUGCAGAAUUGUUUACGGGAUGCAAAUGAAUUCAGAUAUCGAUGCUUGAACGAGAAUCCAUUACUAAAAUAGUUUUUAAAAGUUGGCAAAAUUUUUUCCAAAAAUAAAAGCAAUUUUACAUUGGGGAUUGCUGAGGUAGGCACGAGAAGUCGGACAUAAAGCACAAGGCAAACUGUUUGAGUGGAUUGGUUGCUGCUCACUAAAGUUCUUCCCAUGAUCUCUAAAUAUGGAGGUCAUUACCAAGAAGUGGCUUGGAUAUGAAUGAGAGCCAGAUCCCUAUGGCUCCACCAGAUGAGCCAGUGAAUUAUGGCUAAUUCGGCUGUUUGGGCCACUGGUUGGCUGCAUUUUAAACCAUAAAACUUGACUAUUACUUGCAAAAGGAACAGUGUGGCUACAAGCCUGAGCUUUAAUGGAAUAUACAUCCUCACAGGAAAGUUGGAAAUAACCAAAACUGAAGUCUUAAUUUACCUUCAGUUUAAUCUGUGGAUUUCUUCAAAUACUAAAGAUCCUCAGGUCCAGAAUUCCAGCAUCAUUUAUUCUUUUAAAGUAAAAAUUUUAAGAACUUGAUCCAUUGUAUCAGUACCUCACAAUCAAAGUUGGCAAAUGAUGGAUGAGUGAUUCAAGCAGUGCACCCGUGGAAGCCGAAAUCCACCUGUGAAUGGAACUGAAGUGAACGAAUGUGCUGACUACAUCCUGGAAGCAUUUUUAUACCAUCUUGAAAUUUCAGCAGACUGGCUUUUGCCAGUUUAUCCAGCUGUCGUUCAAGAAUAAAAGUUGGGGUUUUCAAGGAUCGCCUCUCCUAUAUUUUAAAUGGAUUUUCAGUAGAAAUGAUUUAUACUAAUCAAGUUAAUCCCACCCCCAUCGAAAGGUAUUCCCAGAAAUGCCAUACACCUAGGUAACUUUGAAUUGAAUGAGCUUAUGUUCUUUCCAAAGUUUUCAGGUAUUCUUUGUGUGACACCUUCUCAACAGGAGGCAAGUAACCCCACCUCCACAAUCUUAGUAUUUUUUUUAACUGCAUGCCUGCCCUUCAUUUGAGCUGCCUUUUUAAUUUAUUGCAUAUCCUUUUUAUUAUCUUAUUUUGGUAUUAUUCAAUCUACAAUCUUUUUGUAUUUAUUGGGAAAUAAGUAAUAUACAAAAAGGUCGUUUUCAUGCAUUUGUGGCUGAAAGGGAGGGAAAUAAUUGUGUAUAUAAAUUAGGCUUUUUUAAAAAAAAAUAGACUAUGAUUCAGAAUAUUGUUGAUCUUAGAUUUAAACAAAAAAAAGUGGAAGAGCCACAAACAUUGGUGCCCUUUUCAGACUAUUUCUCUACUCAUCAUCCACAGUAGAAUUUUUAAACAGGUUUUUUUAAAGCUUUUCUUUUAAAUUUUUCUCCGUUGCAAAGAAUGUUUCCUAAAUUGUAUGGGAGCAAUAGUAUUUUUGAUGUUUUAAUGACAUCUGUAUACUUGUACUGUAUUUUGUACUACAAGGCAGCUGUUUUCAAUAAUGUCCUGCUGUAUUUACCUAUGUGUUUUGAGUGUUUAUUUCUUUGCUGCGGAGAACAAAUUCCUAGUUUUAGUAAAGGAGCUGAGAAGCUAGCAUUAGGUUUGCAGCAACUGCUUAGGAUUCCAACUCUGAGGCAGCAAUGAAAAUUAAGGUUGCAGCCAUUUGUUGAUUGCUGUAACUUUUGUUUUCGAACCAUGUACAAUUCCUGUAUAGACCAACUUGUUUUCUUGCUUCAGUGAUUCAGUUGCUCAUCUGCAGUGAGCCAGUUCAGUUUUGCAAAGGUGCAGUACCUCUCCUUUCCAGGGGUUGGUUUAUUUUUUCUUUUUGUUUGGCUGAAUUGCAGUGACUAGCCUUGCCAUUCUACUCUGUAGACAUGACAAGGUCUUCACAAUCCUUCACCAGUGGCUACUAAGCUAUAAUUAGCUGAAUAGAAAGAAUGUGGAAGUGGUCUGAGGCAUAUAGAGCAGUAUGCCAAGAACACUACCAUAUAUGGCAUCAGCUUUGGUUACCAGAGAAAUUUUCUUAGUCAUUAGACCAUAUAACAGUAAUAUAUCAUAUGUAAAUCUUUAGAUAUCAAUUUGAGAAUCCUCCAAAAAAAGGAGCAAAGAAUGCAUAAGCUAUGUGUUGGCAAAAGUAAUUUAUAUUAAAAUUUUGACCUGCCUAUGUAAGAUUAAGUGGUAAAUGUCAUAGUGGUGGGUUUUUAAGUGUUAACCAAUCUCUAAGGUUUAUUUCUCCUGCAGGGGAUGGUUAGUGGCCUCUCUUCCCACUGCAGGAAGAUUGCAGAAGGAUGUGGAUUAAUUGUAGCAUUUCACUGAUCCUCAUUUCAGUGACUAGGGACAAUAGAAAUCAGCAAAGCAGAGAUUCGUUCGUAAAUAAGCUUCUUAAAGGAGAUGGUCUUUGUUAGUGCCAGUGAGAUGGUGGCAUUGUACAGACUGGGAAACGACCAACUUUGUUUGUGUUUCGUGCUGUGUACUAUUUGUGUUUGUACUAUGAAGGAUUUAGAGGUUUUAAAUCUGCCAAACGUCCCAGCUAAUCAAAACAGUUCGAUAUCCUGAGAAGCAGGAACUCUAAAACUCCCUCUUCAGAUAAUUGGUGUAAGGUUUGUUUCUCAAACUACCAUAACUGCUGAAUGAGAAGUCAAAUUUUAGGAACAGAAUCAAAAGAGUAAAAAUCUGUGAAGUGAUCCUGCUAAUUUCUGGUUUCUAUUGUCCUUACCCAUCAUUUUAGCAAGUGAAACAGCGGUUGUAGCAGCGAAUUUUUCAGUGCAUAUGCUGCACAAAACAAAACACAAAUCUGUAUGGCACCAAAAAUCAAAGUGAAAACCAAACCAAAAACCCAGGCACCCUAUGUAACUGUUGGAGGCAUGUAGGUGGUACCAGUGACUGGCCGUGGGACACACACGGCUGCUUGUCAUGUCACUUUCCAUAAUUAUUUACUGCAAAAUGAUCGAGAGACUCUCGGAACAGGCAGCCAUUAACCUCCUGCCUCCUUUGUUACCUCUGGAUCACUUUGCAGUAAAUUGCAGGUCUUCUAAGAGAGUCAAGCUUCGGUUUUCUCAAAACAAAACAAUUCUCCUGUCUUAUCUGAAAAUGCAGGGUUGUGGGCAGAAGAGGCUGGUUAUAAUAAUGCCCUCAUAUUGAGUGGUCUAUAAACGGCUGCACACUUCAGGCACGCUGGUCGCUGAGAUGCUGUGUGAAUGUGACUUUGACUGGCUUAAUAGGGGUGUCAGGUGUAGUCUACACAGGUGACUGCGUCUAUCUUGCUCUCAAGGUAGAUGACACCGAGGGAAGCUGGAGUGUGUAAGCCAUGCACAUAAGUAUUCUUCACUGUAAAUUUUGUUUUCAUUUUUAACCCAAUUAUGGUACUUUGUCCAAUGCACAACUGAUCUCUCAGUAGAUAUUCAUUUGAAAAUAGUGUGGCCUUGAUGAGUGAGAAGGGGAAGAGAAGAGGCUUUUUCGCUGAUGUAAACAACUUGUUUGCUGAGAGUGCUGGCCUGUGGCACUCUGAGCAUGAGGUUUUUGAUCAGUCUCCUUUUUGAUUGGGGAAAGUCAAUAUUACUGACCCUGGAGAUAAUCCAAUUGAGUUUUCUUCUAUUUUUAGGAAGUGUCAGAAUUGCUCUGAUGAAAAACAAAGUUGACUGCUUUGAUGUCCAAUCUCAGGUUUUAAAAUAUAGUGGUGUAGAAUCCCACUAUUCCUAAAACAAUUUUAAUUUCGUAUACCCAGAAGUCACACAACGUAAGGCCUGUUCAGCGAGCAGAGCCUCCAUCUUUUUGCUCCUUUUCCACUUUGUACUUCACUUGAAAAAGUGUCAAGUGAGCUUGCAUUGUAUAUUUCCAUUUUAACCCUGACAUAUUUCUCAAAGAUAAAGCACUUUUUGAUCAUGAAAUACAUGGAAUCUUUGUGUGAUGUGGAUCAUGGUUUCUCAGGCUCCCCUAGAUAAUCUGCUUAUGAAUAUUGUUCUAACUCUAUGUAAGUAGAGUAGAAAUCUUUGCUAAUGUUAGGAAGUUUGUAUUAUUGAUCCAGAAUGCAUUUUGCUAGUUUCCAAUGGAUGGGAGAGUAAACAAUGCUGCAUUCACAAUUUAAUAAGUUACUUUCCCUCGAGCCUUAAGGUAACUUUUUUUCUUUUCUGUCAACAACAGCACUGAAGUUAUAGUAAAUGAAUGAGAUUAUCAGUUUUCAGGGUUGGUUUUAGAGUACUGUAAUCAAUUAGCUGUCUUCCUAAAGAGUUACAGCUCCCAUUCAGUAGACUGGAUAAUGGGUGUGCGGGUGGGUCUGGGAGGGGGGAGGUGGUUUGUAGAAAAGAAAAAAGAAAAAAAGAACCCUGUUUACCUUUAGAAAAUAUAUUUUUUGGGGGGGGGGGUUUGUACCGGGGAUCGAACUCGGGACCUUGAGCUUGCGAGGCCGGCGGCAGAACCACUGAGCUAAAUCCCUGGCCCUUUAGAAAAUACAGAUGAAGAAAAAAGGUCAUGUCCUAUGUCCCAUUUGAAGUUCCAGAGUUAAAGAGGAAAUGGCAAAUUAUAACUUCAUUUCCUCUGUUCUUAACUUAGAAAAACAAAGAUAUUAAUUUUCAGAUGUUAGUCCCCAAGCCCCCAGAAGUUUCAAGAGAUAACUGGACUCUGGAAUGGUGAGUUCUAAUUAAAGUCCCCUUUCCUGGUCUUCAGUCCUAAAGCUGAGUUUCAUUAUUAAUGGAUUUAACAGACUGGCUUUGAACAAAUGUGGUCCAGUUGUCGGUACUGAAAGUUAAAUUAGGAACAAUAAUAAAAUGUUUUCAUGAAGACUUAUUCCCCUAGUGAUUCCCAGUCGAUACCUGUGUCCCAAUCCAUGUAAGGCCUUUAUGAAUGUAUUUUAUAUUUCCUAGUGAAAUAGGAAAUAUGCCAUCAAGCUAAUCUCGAGUCACAAUCUCUUUCAUUUGAAAAUCUAACAAGACAUUCCAGUUGAGGUAGGCAGAGCCAUGUUAAGACAACAGAUGCCGUUGGUAGUCUCACUGCUCAGUAGGGAGAGGGCGGAAAUUGAUGAGAAGCUGAUACUUUACCAUUUUCUUCCAUAGAUGAUUCUAACAGUUUGAUGAAAGUUUUUUUGGAUUUUUUUUUUGACAGAUUUUUAACUGCUUUUAGUUAACAUGGGAUUUUGAAUUUGAGAGCCAAUUUUAUUUCCCCUGUGUUAUAUCUAAUAACCACUGCAUGGAUAAGGGGACUGGCUGUACUUUUUUUGUGUGAUAAAAUGUGGGUCCGGAGUACUGGAGAGAAAGUAGACCUGUUUGGUGUCAUUAGCAUACUGCAGAGGGCAGGAGUUGAUGUCUUUUUUUCCCCCUACCAUAAGUAACUCCAAUAGCUAAGAAAAGUUAUUGAGAUGCUCUCUUAUUUCUUGAAGACAGACUAUUUUAAUUCCCUUGUAUUGCACGAUCAAGCUGGUUAGUAAAAUCUUAAUUGGGAAUAAAAUGGUGAGCGGUUUAUUUCUUCCCAUCACAAAUUAUUUUUUCAGAGACAUAAAACUGCAGGGAGAGUCCCAAGAAAUUUUAAAAGAACAGGAUUAUAUCACUAAACAUUUGAAGGAAUUCAGGAGUUUCAUUUUUACGCUGAAUGUUAGGCAUAAACACUUUUUCCUGGCCCACAUGUCACCCUCUGUGGACAAAAAUCUCCAGAUUCCUAAAUGUCACUGGAUUGGACAGAAAGUCUGGGAACUAAGUUUAAAUCAGCAGUUACAGGCUACCAAGAGUCAGUGGCUUUGCACAUCUUGGUAGGCAAGUGUGUUUGAGUUCUGUUUCCGUGACUACCCAUAUUUAAUAGUAACUAAGGUGAUCAGUGUAUGUGGACUUCUCUUCUGAAGUCGAGGACAAUUAGGUUAGUAGAGAUUGAUUCUUCCUGUGGAACCUCCAUCCAAAUGUCUUUCCGAGACCCAUUUUUAAGAAUCAUGCAUCUUGUGAUGCGUUUCCAGAGCACGUGCUCUGUUGUAUAGGAAUCCUUGCUGCCGCUCGCGUCCAGCAUUGGCUUCAGCUCUCCGCCCCAAAGCUGGGACUCCUGUCCUGCCCAUAGAGUCUGCAGAAGUCAUUCAAGUGAAUUAAAACCAAAUCUUGGUAGCAGGAAAGCUUCCUGAUCUAGAUGUACGAUUAGAGUGUAGGUUGGAAAUGACUUUUAAAAGGGUUUUUUUUGGUAUGUCUUCAAUCUGUAAAUACCAACAUGCUUAUUAUGCAUUGUAAACCAAGUGUGUUUGCCUAUGUAUGAAUUUAUAGAACUAAUUUCUGCUUCACAUGAAGCUGCACCUUUAAUCUUGUAAGGUCCCCUCCACCCGUAACCCUAUAAAUGUUUGUAAAUAGAACACUAAAAUUUGUAGUGCUAGGAUCAAUUUGGGAAUAUCUGCUGAGAGACCAAAAAGUUCAUUUUUUUAAGUACCUUGGUUAAAGAGUAAAGAUUAUUCCUCUUGCUUAUUUUUUAAAAGAAGAAUGCACUUUAACAAACAGCUGCAUGGGCAAUUCAAACAAACCGUGAAGUGCAGUACCCAUUCAGAAAUCACUUCAUGAAAACCGUUCAAAGCAGAGUCCAGGCGGGCUGUUGGUCUCACUGCCUGUGGGUUGAAGCUCAGAUUCUGACCAGUUUCGAGACGAGCAGGGCUGCUCUGAAAGAGCAAUGUGAAAACAGCCAGAAGCUUCAGACAGGUCUGUAAAGUGGCGGGGUCCCGUAUUUACCACUAACUAGCAAAACUGACAGAAAACUCAUAGAAAAAAAAGUCUAAGAACCCUUCCGGCUGGUGUGCACUCCUUACAAUAGCAGACUUUUGCAAAUGGAGUUUUACAGUCUAUAUUUAAAAAAUUGUAUGUUUGUAACAAAUAAAGUAUGCGGAAAAGUGAAUGACAA